AUGCUUGGCCCCCCUCAACACAUUUCGUAUCUGAAAGACAUUCCUAUAGAUUCCGUCAGGACCAAAACCGGUAACCAUAGCUUCCCGGUUGAACACAAGCACGGCCUUGGACAAUGCAGCAUCUUGCCAGCCGCAGAUCUGCCACAUCACAAGGAAAACAUUUUCGCCGCACGCCAUCUAUCAUGGGGCGACUCCUCAUCUUCUGAGCAACCCAACGGCUGCGACCUCGACCGACAAGGCCCAUCGAGCCCGAGUCCAGCAUCAGCGGCCAAUGACCCGCCAGAGCCGACAAGAUUGGGACAAAUUACAGGCGGCGCUUUUGCUCAGCAUCUCCCGGCACGGUUACCUCGUUGCUUGGCGCCGGAUUCGCCAGAGUUCCUGCAGCACAUGGAUCAAGCCUUGCGCUUCAACGAGCAUGACAUGCGUCCUGCUCCUUCUCCUGCUCCUCCUCCUCGCCCUCCUCCCAGCCCUCCCCCUCUUCUCCCUUGCAGGGCAGCUACUGUGCGUGAUGCCUCGUCAGAAUAUCCUUCACCAGAGCACAACACUUCGCGUAUCCAGUCUCCUGUGUCAGAGUAUCAGCAUGGCCACAGACUUAGCCUUUCCAGCUUGUCGCGAUUCGGACGUGCCAACGAUUGUCUAUCCAACCUCCGAUCCAGCUCGCCUGCUUCGUCAAAAGGAGAGGCCGUCGGCGACACGAGCCAUCAUGACUUGAUCGCGGACACGGCGGCAGCUAUCACGGAAUGGCAAGAUGCCGGUCGUCCUCUGAAAAAAAUGUCAUAUCACAAUUAUUCGCUAGCCAAUAGCUCGGAAGUCUUUCCUUCCGACUCUCUUUCUCAGCGGGAAGACUUCUCCUUGGCUCCAUCAAGUCCUCCGUCUACUCCGCCUGACCAGGCAGCCGCGUCCCCAUCGGAUGCCGACGCUGUGGGAGCUCUCGGAGAUCAAUAUGAUGGGACGAUGGAGGCCCGCCAUGAUGCGAGCCCAAAAGUCCGGCAUCCUAUUUCCCCAGCCUUGAAUAAUGGACCUCAUUCGUUCUGCCGUUCCAAGCGCAAGGCCUCGGCCUUUUCUCUGCGCAGUUUGACCAGACCCCUGACAAAACGUCGAAGGCUUGCGGCAUUCUGUCAAUGGGCGAGCAAAGUCAGCCGGCGCUUGACGGAAACGUAUCGCAGGUUCAAAAAUCAGCAUCAGGUCAGGAAGGAGAGGGACCGGGACGCAUGGGGAGCAAAUCGAAGGAGCGAGGAACUGCGGAAUCCACCAAUUAGCUGGUCCAAGGGGAGCAAUGGAGUGUUUGAGUUUCAUGGAGGCCGUCAGAGGAAUGAGGACUGGUGGAAAGAAGGUGUUGGUCGCUAUCGAGCACCCUCGGGGAUGUUUGCCACGGUCAACGACACUGCAGGCCGCUAA